CGCCAAACAUAAUCAAGUCCUUGUCCUCAAGUACAUCGACAGGCGAAACUCCAGCAACAGAACGUAGGUUCAGCGUAAACUGCCCAUCCGCGCAACCAAACGACAGAGAGAAGCGACUCCUCUUGCCCUUCCAUCAGCGGUCGGAACAGCGUUACUUUUGGGGUCUGAUCCACAACGAUAGGGCUCGAACAUGUCUAUCACUCCGGCAUCCCGAGUGGGCAGUACACUCGACGUUAUUGCCCAUAUCUUCGCAGUGGGAGAUCUGGCAUCCCGCGACAUGUAUCACUGCCUCCUCACGUCUUCAACCUUCUUUCAGGCAGCCGCCCCCGCACUCUACCAUACACUCCUUAUUUCCCACGCUUGCAACCCUCUCAAAGGCGCUUCUAAAACUCGCGCGGGCGCCAAAGCGAGAUUGGAGACUGUGUCGCCUUACAGCAAGGACAUGCUGCUUCUGCUCGUCCAGAAGGUGUACCUUGAGUACACUCAAUUCGCCCCAGGCCACGCCCAAGACUACUGGGAUUUCGAUUGCCCCUGCUACCCUCUUCCCAACGUCCACUCUGUGAUCGUACAGAACCUUCCCAAGGACCCGCUCUGGUCCCAGUCCUCUCCGCCUUCCAUCGACUUUGUGAAGGAAUUGUGCAAGAUGGCUACGAAGCUACACAUGGGGCCUUAUAAUUACAGCUACGACACUUUCGGCGACUCUCAGAUCUACAUUCCUCUCCUUCCUCGCCUCCAAAUAGUCUGCCUGUCCAUCAACGCUCAGGAGUAUGACAGCGCUGCCACUCUUCUGGAGCCCUACAUCCGGUCCAAGAGUUGCUCCAGCUUUACAGAGCUCCUUAUAUAUAUCUGGGAAGAAUUUAGCUAUCCUACUAGCCCGUCUGCGCUGCUUCAAAUGCACAAGAAGCGCACUACAGCACCUCCCAGCAGAGAGAUUUCGGAGGAGGAGUUUACGGCAUAUCAUCAUGUACAAGUACAAGAAGUACAAGGGCAAGAAGUGAAAGAAAUAUCAGAGGAAGCUCUCAUGAAGAUUUGCGGAUUUUGGAGCUGUACCAAGUCUUUGCACUUGUACAACCUCAAUACAGCUUUGUCGCGCGAGAAGCGCGAUCCAGCUGGGUGGGCGGGCGCUCAGCUAAGCGAGAGAACAUCUCACAUCGACCAAUUUGUUCAACGAGGCAUCCACCGUCGUCGUCAACGGGCCCAGGGCUUGACAAAAGCUGAAACCCUUCCUGAUCAACCCCUCCCAAUCACCUUCCACACCGCGAGUGAAUUCUUCGACCGUAAUCUCUGGAGCGGUAUCUGGUCCAAGGAAGAAGAGAGGUAUUAUACCAACUUUGUGAGACCUUCGACGCAAAUGCGGAAACUGAGGCAGCAAGUGAUACGGGAAACAGGAUUCAAGGAGGACAUGUUGCUCAACCUUUCAGAGAAGAGUUUGAAUCGCACUCUGAAGUUGUGGAGGAAGUUAUUCUUGGGUGGCGACCGUUCAUACUUCUCAAACUGUUUUGGAUUGUGCUGUUUUGGAUCGAGGAUGGGAACUUGUGAUGAGGAAUCGGAUGGAGGAGAGUCGUCGGAUGAGGGAGAGUCUAAUGAGGAAGAGUCGGAUGUGGACGUAUGGGUAUCUUCAGACAAGGAAGCGAGUGAUGAUGAGUUCUUCCAACCCUGGGGAGAAGGGAUAGAUCGUGAAGCUCGGCAUAGACAGCUGCAGAUGGAGAUGUUCGCGAACUGUGAGGGGUACAAGAUGGAGGAUGUCGAUGAAGCUUUUGUAGAGGGCCAGUCGGCUUGGUGGAGGAGCAGAGCUGGAUUGUGAGAUGUAUAGCCCAUUGGGACGAUGCCUUCUCGAGUCUUGACGAUCUAUAGACAGCUUGGCUGUUUGUGAGGAACAAGUUUGUGAAUCCAUCGACUUCGCCAUAGGUACGUUAUUUUGAGGAGCUGGAGGCGUGUAAAGAAGACUUCCACUAGAGGAACCUUGGAUGGCCAAUUUGAUUCGAGGCAACCUUAUCAGUAGAGCCUUCGUGGGCAACUUUGUACGCCCUGAACAGCUCUCGUGACAAAUGAAAGUGCUGCACAUCAUGUUUGUCGAUUGGCUUGG